CCAUUUUUCUGACACGUAACACAGUCAGGAAGUGAUCUUUUGCCGAUUUUUAUGUCUUUUAAACUAUCCGACGACACAUUUACUGCAUGUUUUUAAACCCGUUUUGAUCGUGUGUAGAUAACUGAGGUAUUUUGUACUUUACUUAAAUACGGUAUCUAUAAUUUAGUGUCGUCGCCUGUAUGUCACGAUGGUUAACUGUUAACUCAUCAUUUUUAACUAAUGAAUGAACUGGACACAUUACAUCCGCAACAAACUCUUUCACGCGAGUUGUACCCAUACUUUAUGCCAAAUUAGACGUAUUAACGUAUCGACGGAUAAUCGAUUUUAUUUUAACCUUUAUGUGUGAAAGGUUACAGCCGGUCGCGCGCGAUAUAAAGCUUGAAUACAUAUGCUGUUAAGGGUCAAAUAAAAUAAAAUUGUAUUUAUUUAACCAUCAUGGAUUAUGUAAACACCGCCAGAUCAGUCGAAGAUCGUCUCUUGUGCUACAGAAAAGACGAAUCGGGAUGGAAAAUAUGCAAGAAAACUAAUGAUGUUGUGGUGUGUUGGAGACCUUCUUGUGAAUUUUCAGGAUACGUGUAUAAGGGAGAAGGGAUUGUCAAUGCCAGUCCGGAAAAAGUGUGGGACUGCUUGAAACCAGAAAUCAAUGGUUUUCGUGUAAAAUGGGACAGUAAUCUUAAAAAGUUUGAGCUAGUUGAGCAGGUGUCUGCGGACGUUAGAAUCUGUCGAACUGUCACGCCGUCGGCUGCCAUGGGCAUUAUAUCACCUCGAGACUUUGUUGAUGUCGUUUCUAUCAAACGUUAUGAAGAUGGCACAGUUUCAUCAAAUGCUACAAACGUAUGCCAUCCCAACUGUCCUCCGCAGCCGGGGUACGUCAGAGGCUUUAAUCACCCGUGUGGCUGUUUUUGUGUUCCAGUUCCUGGGGAACCUGGCAAAACCCAGCUGUUCAGUUUCUUUCAGACCGAUCUUGGAGGUUUGCUCCCUCGCUCGGUUGUUGAUUCAUUUUUCCCCAGUAGUAUGGUGGAGUUUUACAACAACCUGAGCAAAGCGCUAAAAACUUUAAAAUAACACAGGCUACACUUAUGAUCACCCUUUAAACAUAAAUUAGACUCUUUUAUCAAUUCAACGCACUUUGCAUUUAAUCAUGCUUUAGUGAAAUUAGAUUUUCGAUUCGUCCAAUAGCCUAAAUGUUUAAAACAUUGUUUUGUAGGGAAUAAUAGAAAGUUUCGUUUACCAUUCAACUCGUAAUCUAAAACUUAGAGAUUAAUGCAAUGCACAAAUAUUUAUCCACUUCAGUGGGUUUGCAAGCCUCACAAAUCCAUAUCCUCACUUUCUGCCGCAAUUCAGGAGUGUCGGACGGUAACUCUACAGUGAUCAUAGCCUUUGAACCUAUAAUGCUUGCUAUAGGCAGCACACUAGGUUUUGGGAAAGAGGCGAGCCAGUAUUUUACAAGAGCCAUAUCUUGAAUUUCAGGUACAUUCAAUGCAGUUGUCUUUUGAAGGGCACCUAUUAUGCCCAUUUUUACAAGUCUCAGGUGUGCCCAGAAUGUGAAGUGUGAAGGUUUAGCUCAAAAUACCCCGCAGAUCAUUUGUUAUAUCAUGUCAUAAAUGUCUCUAUUUGGGUGGGAGCAAUACGUGCUGUUUUCAUGUCUGUACCUUUAAAUGCAAAUGAGCUACAACUCCUCACUACUUAACCAACAGACAGUGAGCGCUUUCAGUUAAAAUAGAUCUGAUACCUGUGAAGACAAUACUACCUAACUAACUUGAAAAGGGUGGAAACUGAUAAUGCAGGACUGUCAGUCAGUGGCUGUGGGCGGGGCUUUAUCAGUGUGACCUCACAUUGAUAAGCGAAUCAAAACUGCAUGUCUAAUAAGAGUGAUUAAAAAGAGUGGAUGUUUUUUUAUUGUAGAGUGGUUGUGUUCACACACUGCCAACACACAUUUAUGUCCAAACACCUUGUAAAAGUGGAUUUUGCAUAAUAGGUGCCCUUUAAGAUUAUAAUGCAUACUUUUAGUAUUGUCACAGAUCUUUUAAGAAUUCCAGUUGCUUUAAGGUUUACACUAAAUAUUUGAUGUACUGUAUGUUCAAGACUGACAAAAUGGACCAGAACAAUCAUGACAAGAAUUCUGAAAUGAGAAUUCGUAAUUUUAGGAAUUUAAAAUAAGAAAACAACAUAUGUUUAUAUGUUAAUCUAAAUAAUCCAAUUCAAAUUCCAGUAGACCAUUCAAUUUGAAUUAUCAUUAAAUGACUUGAAGAGCUUAAAUGCAAAACCCUCUAAAGGCCGAAGUAUGGUCAAUUUUUUUAAAAAGCUCACAAGGGUCCACGUACGGUGCGAGUGACAGAUUGUUGAAACAUUCACGCAUCGCUCACACAUGCGCUUACAGGAUAAUGUAAUAUAGCCCAAGAGAGGCACUACGUUUUGUUGAAAAUGUGCAUCUGUGUACAUUUAAAAAACAAACUAUACUCCAGUCUGACAUGUUUUCUUGUAAAAAAGCAUUUUUUAAUCUCUAAAGGGGAUCGCACACUGGCCGCGCAGCUCAGCGUCGCGCCGCGUCGCGUCGCGUCUAGGACAACUCGGAGGUAUUGUAAACCGGAAGUGCACAUUAAAUAGUGCGAGCUUCGUCAGAUAGCGUCUACUUCAAAAUGCAAAAUAUACGUUAGCAGCCAAUGUUAAUCGUUAAUGAUUUGGGACAAAUAUGAUGUUAUUUAAUGUUAAACUAUGUGAGUGGCGCUGUGUGGCGCGACAGGGAUUUAAGCAAUUUCCUGAGUUACAGCUGGGCGGCGCGAACAGGCGCCACCUGGCGGUGCCGGUGUGCGUAUACUCAUAGAAAACAAUGUGUUCGAUUUUUUUUUUUAGAACGGCGCGGCCGGUGUGCGAUCCCCUUUAGGGUCAGUUUCCCAGACAGGGUUUAGAUUAAUCCAGGACUAGGCCAUAAUUAUAUUAGGAUGUUUAACUCUUCGCUGCCAGCCAGCGCCAGCCCCAAAAAAGUUGCCAGCCGGCACCAGCAUCUUUCAUGAUUUUCACAAAAGUUUAAUGCCUUCCAGAAAAUGUUCUUCUUUAAAUAUAUAAACAUACAAUAUAUCAAAUGAAAGGACCGACCCUCUGCUUUUAAACGAAAGAAAAAAAACAUCCUACCUUCAUCAUUUCUCUUGUAAUCACCUCUCAAAUAUACAUAGGUUUCUUAAAAACACCAAAAUUUUAAGCAAAAAGCUGAGAUAAUUCCAUUUUUGUGUAGGGGUGCCAAAAACGCGAUAUUUGCGCGUAGUUGGACGCUUGAACAUUUGAGUUCACUCGCUUUAUUUGUACAUGAAUGCGCGCGUGAAAUUGUAGUCAUUCGAUGAAAUUCACACGGACAUUUGCGUCAUGGGAGGGGCCACUCCGCUCGCUUCCUGUAAUCACGUCACUACUACAGAAAGGUCCUGAUUGGUUAACGCGGCACGGAAAUCCGCCGAAGUUCAGAUUUUUCAACGCUUCGCACCUUCCGCAGGAAAAUAAUCCGCGUGUAAUCGCAUCUUUGCAUUGACUUAACAUGUAAAUCACCCGCGCUUGCCGCCUCUACCGCGGCUGGUGUAAACGCAGCAUUACACGUGAGGCGUUACUUCCAGAUUGCGUAAGUUGCAGAAGAGCACCGCCCGGUGGAUAAUAGCGGAAUUGCUGAAAGCCCGAAAUACUCGACAUUAGGGGUGUGCCGGUUUCAGAAUUGGUGAUGACGAGAGUUGAAAUCAGGUCAACUUUAUGGUAAUAAGCUAUUGCGGGGUGGAAACGUUCGGCGGGAACCAAUCGGAAGUGGAAAUCUCCGCUUGAGAGGAUUCCAGAGAAUGCACUCGAGUCAAGUGUCAGAGCGUCCACUGUAUUUUUUCGAUAGCGUCGUUUGGCAGGGCAUCCAACGACGCCUCUGGCGCUCUCGCCUCGGGCGGUGUGAACGCACAGUUAGGGGCCAGUCACGGCAAAGCGUUUAUGGCAGUUGCAGGCACCUUUUUUUGAAUUAUAUUCUAUGAGCAUGGAGCGUUUGUGCGCUGUUUAUGCGCGCUGAGCGUCUUGCGGUUUUUGAAAGUUUUUGCUAAUAUGACAGUUAACAGCAAAAGAGCGCUCACGCUUCAAUAUUUGAUUGACAAGACAGCUGACUCGGUGGUUGCUUAGCAAUAUAAAAAGCUGCGUUUUUAAAAAAAGGCAGUGCGUCGCGCCUUGCGUUUCGAAGCGUUUAAAGCGCAGUUGGUGUGAUUAGCCCCCAAGACUCUUAAUGGAUUCUGCCAACAAAGCAUUAUUUCUGAAUUGCCUGAUGCCUGCAUUAAGCGGAUUUGAAGCAUUAGAAUCAAAUAACGUACUGAUGAACGUAUACGUGUCGAAAGCAUUCAGUUAAUAUCAUUUUGCAUCUGAGCUCUUCAAUUUUAAGAUGAACAAUUUUCUCCAAUGCUGCUAAAGGGAAAGUUUUAAAACAUUCCAAAAAGCAAGAAACGUAGAUGUCCCUGUCUGAAUUGCUUAGUCAGUCUAAAUUGCAAAAGGGACUCUGUUUAUACCCGUGACCUCAGUAAAUAGGGCGUGUGGCCGUUUUUUUUGUGUGUUUUCUUUUUGCUGACUGUGAUCUCUAAUAACCGUUUAGGCCAAGUGUGUGUGUUUGUGUAACCAAUGUGUACUGUGUAUUUUAUUGCCUGUAUGAUGUUAGAUGAAAAACUGUCAAUGCAUGUCCAUUACAUGGAGAUAUGUCAUAUACAAAAGAGCAUUUUGCAAGCAUUUUGGGGAUCUAAUGUAUAUCGCCUUUGUUCUGGUUUGGUAGCACUGGCCUAGUUCUGUACGUAUAUUUUCGAAACAUUAUUUUAAUAAUGCAUAGAUUUAUUGUCCAUUACAAGUGAGAGAGUUGUUUGUCAAUUUGCCUUUUUAUCAAAAUUAGGGUUUUUGAUUAUUCAAGUGUUUUAUUGUUUACUCCUUUUAUUUCCAUAAUCUGACAUAUUUCCAAUUUAAAAAAAUAAUAAGAUUUUGAUUAUGAAGAAUAUAUAGCAUGGCUUAAAUUUUUAAUUAUUAUGAUGGUAAAAGUUAUUCCAAGUAUGUUAAAGGGAAAGACACUUUAAAGAAAAUUGUAUUAUAUUUACAUAAGCUAAAUAUGUUUUAAGCUCUGUGUUGUUUGUUUAAUGUCCAUUUAACAUUGAUUUCAUCUGUUGCACAACUGUAAAGCCUGUAUAAUGAUUCUCCUUAUAGAUUCUGAUUCGUCUGUAUUGUUAUUAAAAACAAUAUUGAUGACCAAAUUGUGUAUCAGCCUGUAAUUGUAUUUGCUUGAAUACACACAUAUGAAUGUACACAUGUGACCCUGGACCUCCAUA